AGAGGAUAAAUUUAUAUCAAACCAUUUUUUUCGCUAUAAAACGGAUCAUUAUUAAACAAACAAGGCAGAUUAUACAAAAAUCACGUACACAUUUAAGAGCCAAUUUUUGUGCCUUGUCACUUAAAAUCGAUAUACCAUCCAAUUUUCUGAAAUCCAGCUUGGAUAUACAUCAAUUUUUUAGAAUCUUCGAUUACAAAUACUUUCCUAUUCGUACAACCAUGAUGUCUCGCGCAUAUUACAAUUACCGUGCCCUUCUUGCUCAACAUGCCCAUCGCUAUCCUGAUAUGCUACUCUCUUUGAAUAACAUUAUUGAUACGGGUGCCGUUUUGACCAUUCAGGAGCGUAAUAUGAUAUUGAUAGCUUAUAAAAAUAUUGUAAGCGAGAAUCGUGCUGCUUUGAAAAUGUUUACGAAUCCUCUACCAGAUGAGGAAUCUCUUGACGCCGAGGCUAAGUAUCGUUUAGCCGAUCGCUAUCGCCAUCAAAUUGAAAAUUUUAUUACGGUCGAUUGCAAUCGUGUCAUUUUCUUGAUUGACACUGAACGUUUUCCUUGUCAAACUCAUGAGCAAAUGAUUUUUAACUACAAGACUCUUGCUGACUAUCAUCAUUAUCUUUGUGAAUUGGACUCUAAUCGCUAUCUUGCAAUUUGCAUUCAACGUUGUCAAUUGGCAUAUGAAUCGGCAUUCCAUGCAGCUAUGCAACAUCUUUCACCAACUAACAUUCUACGCAUGCGUAUUGCUCUGAAUUUCUCCAUUUUCAAUUACAACAUUUUACGUGCAACUGGUCAUGCCAUACAGCUUGCCGCUACUGAGUUGUCUCGUGCAGAGUUGCAAAUGCAACGUUAUCCAAAUGAUGAUUAUGCUGGAGCACUUUAUAUUCUAGAGGAGCUUAAUAAUUGCGUGACCCUUUGGAAUACAAAUGACCAACCAAAUGGAGAUAUUUGUGUGCUUUAUGUAAAGGAUAAUUUCAAAAUGAAUGGCGAUACAGAUUCUGAUAAUGCGACUGCAACUAAUUCAUUAUCAAGCACAACAUCUAAAGUUCAGUCUGAGCCUGAGCCUGAGUCCGAUUCUGAUGAUAAAUCUGAAACUCAUUCAUCAAUGAGCGCAUGCAGCGAAAUUGAUCCAGCACAACAACGUGCAGCUGAAGAAUUGCAGCAAAUAUUAAACGUUGUUAAUCCUAAUGGUCGUAAUGAAAAUGAUGAGGUUGACGAUAACAAAGACGUUGUUGAAGAUGAGAUUGAAGAUGACGAAGACUAUGGCGAUGAGAAUGGCGAUGAUGAUGGUGAAGAAGAUGACGCUGAGGAUGGCGAUGAAGAUGAGGAUGAAGAUGAUGAUGAUGAUGACGACGACGAUGGCGACAACGAUGAAGAUGGCGAUGAGGAUGAGGUUGAGGAAGAGGAAGAGGUAGAAGAUGAAGAUAAAGAUAAAGAAAACAAUGAUGUUAAGGAUGAGAAUGAGGGUAAUGAUAAAACUGAAGCAAAGCCUGAAGGAGAGUCCGAGGAGAAGCUCGAAGAUAAGCCUGAAGAGAAGCCCGAAGAUAAGCCUGAAGAUGAGGUUGAAGCUAAGAUUGAGGAGGAGGGUGAAGAUGAAAAGAAGGUUAAUAACAUCACUAACCAUCUUGAUGAAGUUGAUGAAACUGAUGAUUCCGUUACCGAAUCGCAAAAGUAUACUCUCGUUAAUGGCGAGAAAGAUGAAACUAUCUAAAAUAUUUAAAAGAAAUUUUACACAAACACAAAUCAUCGUAACCAUUAUUUUGUGUUAAAAAUUUAAAGUAAA